AUGUACUUCAAGUCAUCUAACUCGUUUAAAAACUAUUCUGUGGAGAUGUUCACAUGGAUUGCUCAAAUCAAGUCUCUGUGCUGUGAAGAAAUGGCUCAUCGCUUGAAAUGGGGCAGAUUUAUGAAUUGGAACGGUGGCGAAGGGGAAAAUAUAGCAUGUGAUAUGGCGCAGGAGAUAUGUAAUCGUGUCAGCAAAGAUGUCGUCAGUGGAAUGGAGGCCAACAAGACUCCUAAAGCAAUGAUGAAAGCAUCUAAAGCUGCUGCAGGUGUCGAUCAAAUAGUGAAGAGAGUGAAUGAAGUCAGCAAUAUCAAGCCAGCAUCUCAAUUGCAUACGCACAAGGAAACCAGUAAUGAAAAAGUCAUGAUGUUUCCGGAUCUACGAAAAUUACAACCAUAUUCAACACAAAGAAAGGCAGAUAUCAUCAUAAUUUUAAAGAAAUUGUUGUGUCACCAACAUCAUCAGUUAAUAUGA